GCCAAGAGCUAGAAUCAGUUAGGUCCGAUUUGAGAUAAAAGUGUGAGUUUUUCGAUGGCUAAUGUAUGAAAAUUUAUAUAGUUAUUGCUUAGUUGCUGGUCCAUAAUGGCGCCACUUUUCAGUCUGGCAACAUCGCGUUUCUUAAAGACUAGACGCACCGCUACAAGGCUCAGAAGCCAAUCUGCGGUCUAAAUAAUAAAGCAUUCCAGAGAACCGAGUCUAUAAGAAAAUAAAAUAUCAUUGAGCCUAUUAAUUUUAUGGAUUCAUUUGUAUCUAAAAAUCUAUGUAUUUCCGAAAAAUAUUUUAUGAUCUUUUUUCAGAAUAUACCAGUAACUGCACAUUUAUCACUUGAAGCCCCAUUAAGCGUCUGUAGCGAGAGCCGAUACUUGAUACGUUUUACAAAUGGCCGGAGCCAAAAUAUUGUAUCGUCGGCAUCAUCGCCCGACGUGAGAAAUAUCGAGCGCAAUUUCUCAUGCGAGAUUUGGAGAUCCUUAUAAGUAUUAAAGUUAUUGCACUUUAAAUAACCAUUCCUUUCGAUGUGGAUGGUUUAAUCUUGGCAAUUUGUUAUUUUAGCCUGUCCACGUACGAGUAAUACGAGUAUGUUACAAUUAUUAAGUUAACAUAGUAUAAUAUUGUCAGUACUUAUUUAGGAUAGCUUUUUCAGGACAUGUGUUUCAUAAAUAACUUGUUAUAAAUGUUAACUCAGUAGCACUUUCUAUAGAAGAUUUUAGAAAUCGUUCUUCUUUAUCUAAUUUUAUUCUUUAAUAAGUAAAAUUUUGAUGUUGACGUGGCGUGUGGAAAAAAAUGUUUUAAUAAAACAAAAGUUGGCAACAUGUCAUUUGCCAAAAUACAGGAUUCGUCGAACUAACGGCCGGGCUUGGAAAAUGUAUGGACGAUUCAUUAAUUCGAAUUGAAGGCGUUGUCCGAAUUUGGUCAAACGUCGGACAUCAUCCUGUCAGCGUUCUGCAUUCGAAAUUCAUUCCUUAUACAAUUAGUCAACAUGCCUGUUUAGUUAUUAUAUUUUUUUACUGUCAUAUUUUAAAACCGUCAGUGUGAAUACUGCGAAUAAUUGAAUAUAGAUAUAAUGUUAAAAAAUAACGUUCUAUUGUGAAAAAAAUCAAUGAAAAUCAGUAAUAUUUGUACAGUCAGCAUCAAAAGUAGCGGAUGAAACAACGCGCCAAAAGUAUCUGACAUCCCAGAUAACUUUUCCAAAUACAGAAAAAAAUCUAAAAUUCACGUUCCAAACUAUAUCUUUUGCAGUCUUAGUUGUUCUAUAUUAAAGACAUCACUUUUUGUUAAGUUGUUAUAGAAUGGUAGAUACUUAUGAAGCGUUAAUUGAUCCGCUACUUUUGAUGCUGACUGUACCUACAGACGUUGAGCAUAAGAAUAUUUACGUGUUCAUUGCUCUCAAAUAUACAAUGACCUUUGCGUUAUUUAACGUGAACAGUCUUUUCAAAUAUUACUAUACUAUGAUAGAUAUCAAAAUAGAUAAUUUCUUAUCUUCUUUUGAUGUCUUUAUCAGUACUACACUUAUCAGUGUUAUUUUUUGUUAAAAAUAGUUCAGUUUCAACUUUGAUUCACUGCUAACGUGACGUUAACUGUAAAAAAAAACAUGUCUUUCAAUAGUAAAGUUGUGGUAGUGACUGGCGCAAGCUCCGGCAUCGGCGCAGCAACGGCGUUACUCUUCGCCAAGGACGGCGCGGACGUGGCUCUCGUCGCGAGGAACCCGGCCAAGCUCUCAGCCGUCGCCAAGCAAAUCGAAGCCCUAGCCAUAAAACCACUGAUUAUCCAAGCUGACCUUGCCAAUGAAACAGAAGCUAGCACAGUCGUCUCACAAACGGUCGACCACUUCGGGAAAUUAGAUGUACUCGUCAAUAAUGCUGGAAUAGCUGUAGAGGGAUCCAUUCUGAAUGGUAAUGCAUUAGACGCGUACGAUAAAGUAAUGAAACUAAACGUUCGAGCGGCGAUCCAGCUGACUACCUUAGCCGCUCCUUUCCUCGCUAAGACUAAGGGGAACAUUGUCAACGUUUCAAGCAUAGUAUCAACACUCACGAGCAAAUCACCCACGGGCCUGCCAUAUUGCGUAUCUAAGGCGGCGUUGGACCAUUUUACUCGGUGUUCAGCAUUGGAACUAGCUUCUACCGGGGUCAGAGUAAACAGCGUCAAUCCUGGGCCGGUCGACAAUGAAUUUGCUACAAACAACAAUCAAGGAGAUUCCAGGGUUAUUACUCAGGAAUGCGCGAAAAUCUCUCCCCUGGCAUUUCUUGCCAAGAGCGAGGAGAUUGCAGAUGUGAUCCUGUUCCUAGCUAGCGAGAAGGCUAGAAGCAUUACUGGUUCCAGCUAUGUCAUUGACAACGGGUAAC